AUGGUCGACAUCACCGUCGACGGCCAGUCGAACCCGGCUGUCAUCCGCUUCGGACUCCCUCCUGCUUCUCUCCUACAGUUUCCUCCCAGUGAACUUCCGACGACGCUGCCUGCGCCUCUGACCUCCGAGCCAACCUGGUACCAGCCCUUCAACAUCCCUCCCGAGCUAUACAACCAGCUUCUGGACGUGCGCGUUCCCAUCACUAUCGCCAGUGUCUAUGCCGUCACUGUCGUCCUGUUGAACCGGGUCAACAAGAGUCGCGGCUACAAGCCCUGGGGUUUCAGUCAAACAAAGCUCUUCAAGCUCUUCGUUAUCCUUCACAAUGUCUUCCUGGCCAUCUAUUCCGCAUGGACCUUCGCUGGCAUGAUCCGCGCCUUCCGCAACUCCUGGCCGAGCCAAAAUGACCCCAACUAUGUCGCCGCCGUCGCAGAUACUUUGUGUAAGAUCAACGGCCCGCGCGGCUACGGCAACGCCGCCGUCUAUGAUCCUUCCGUCGAGCGGUGGACCAUUCGGAACCCGGAAUACAAGUUGUCGGAGACCGGCGUGCCUGACUUCACGGAUGUUGGCCGCCUGUGGAACGAAGGCCUGGCCUUCCUUGGAUGGAUCUUCUACCUGUCCAAGUUCUAUGAGGUCUUGGAUACCGUGAUCAUCCUCGCCAAGGGCAAGAAGAGCUCCACGCUGCAGACAUACCACCAUGCCGGUGCCAUGAUGUGCAUGUGGGCUGGCAUUCGCUAUGUUGCGCCUCCUAUCUGGAUCUUCACCCUGGUCAACUCUGGUAUUCACGCUCUGAUGUACACCUACUAUACCAUCACUGCCCUGCGUAUCCGUGUCCCCACCGUGAUCAAGAGGUCUUUGACCACCAUGCAGAUCACUCAGUUCGUCAUUGGUUCUGCCAUGGCUGCUUCUUAUCUUUUCAUCAGCUACACGCUUCCUCGCAGCCAGGCUGUUGCUGAAGCUCCCCUUGCGACUGCUCAGGUGGUGGCUGCCGAAGUUGCGGAAGAGGGCUUGGUGCCUUGGAUCAAGAAGCUCGCGUUCCGGGCUGCUGGUGCUGAGGGCCUUGCCGAAAACGUGGGUGUUCCUGACAGCCCUGCUGCUCCCGCCGUGCAACCCCAUCACGUCGGUCCUAUGGUCACCUGCAUGGACACCACCGGACAGGCUUUCGCGAUCUGGCUCAAUGUCGUCUAUCUUCUCCCCUUGACGUACCUCUUCGCUCGCUUCUUCGUUCGGUCCUACCUGUACCGUAAAGAGCCAGGUGCUCGCCAGCCCACCAACAUCCAGGCUGCGGAGAAGGCUGGUUUGGAUGCUCUCAAGGGUCUCAGUCGCGAGAUCCGCAAGGCAGUCGAGGUGAACGGCGAGACCAGCGAGAGCACCGAGGAUGAGGCUUUGAACCGUGUUCAGGCGCUCCGGUCGCACAACAAGUCUCAGCAGAAGCCGGCGGUCGAGAACUCCCCCAUUCGCACCCGCGCCACCACUGCUAAGCAGAAGGCCCGCGCUGUCUCCAGCGACGCGGACUCUGAUCAGGGCUUUUCUACUGUCCCAUCCAAGAAGGGUGCCAAGAAGACCACCAAGGAGGAUCUGCAGGGCCCCCCUGUUGUUGUAGACGCGAAGGACUCCAACCCGUUUGAGGUUCUCGAUCGCUCCGCAUAG